GCGACACACGACAUACAAAAAUACAGACAGGCAACAACGGCAGCUCAGUUUGUUUGUGUUGAGUGUGAGCGAGUGCGAGUGGAACAGUCGAAGUGUGAGCUGAGCCAAGCGAGGUCUGUGAGCGUGCACACGAGGAUUGGGACCGCAGCUGCACGCAGCACGCACGUGGUGGUUGUGGUGAAGGUCUUUCGCACGGCGUCUUGAGCACAGCCGACGAUGAGCUUGCAAAGCAAGUUUGAGCAGUUUCGCACUCGCGUUGGCGAGUUUAAAGGCAAGCUAGCUGAUCGCCAGAAGAAGGCAGCCUUCCUCGAUGAUGGCGACCAGCAGUUGGAGCAUGAGGUGUUUGGGAUGCGGGAUGGCCUGAAGGUCCUGUUGGCAAAGGAGCACGAGCAUCAUCCCGUGGACGAGCGCAAGAUACCACUGUACAACCUCGGGGCGAAGAUGAUGCAGGCGGGGAAAAACAUCGGCGACACCACCACAUUCGGGGCCUUCUACACAAAAGUGGGCCGCCUUCAGUUGGAUCUGGGACAAAUGCAGUGCAUGCACAACAAAACUGUCCACGCGCAAGUGCACGAACCGCUUCGCGCCGACCUGGAGCAGGACUUUCCGAAACUGGCGCAGGCACGCAAGAAGUUACAGGCGCAGCAUCAGGAAAAGGAUGCCGCUUCCGCCAGGUUUGCGCAGGCAUGUGCGAAGGUGCACAAGCAAGGAUACAGCGGGUCUGGGGGCAAAGUCGACAACAUCAAGGAGGAGAUGGAAGAGGCGAUGGCCGCUCUCCAGUCAACCAAGACGCAAUACGUUGAGCAGCUGGUGGACGUGGCCGCGCGGGAGCGCUUUGUGAUGGAAAAACUGCAGCACAUGCUUGAGGAGCAACUCCGCCUACACGAGAGUGCAUGCGAGCUGAUCCGCGCUGCUUUGCCGUCAUUGCGGGAACUCAAGGACACGGCCGCCUCCCGCAAAGUCUUUGGAGUGGGGCUGCCCUCGAGCGGCGUUGACCCGGUCCUCGCGCAGCUCGCCGCCACCAUCAACCGCGAUGGCCUCAAUGUGCAGGGCCUCUUCAGACGCGCAGGCUCCGCUGUUGCCAUUCGACAGCUCAAAGCCGAUCUGAACAGCAAGCGCGCGGACCUUCGCACGCGCUGCACCACGGAGCGACAGAUGCACGCUAUUGCCAACGCCUUCAAGAUGUAUCUUCGCGAGAUGCCCGACUGUCUGUUGACGACGGCGCUGUACCCAGAGUGGAUGGCCGCUGCCCGCACUCCAGACCACAACGACCGCCUUUACGCAAUCCAGGCUCUUCUGGAGAAGUUGCCGCGUCCAAAUUUCGUUACGCUUCGCUUCCUCGCCCGUUUCUUGCAUCACGUCAGCCUUCACGCUGAGCAAACGAAGAUGGAAGCGCGCAACCUUGGCAUUGUCAUUGGUCCAAAUCUUGGCUGGCCGGCGGAUCAUGAGACAAAUGCCAUGUACUCUGCAACAGAUAGCGGCCCGCUGAGCAGUUUGUGCGAGGCCUUCAUAACCUACAACGAAUGGCUCUUUCCCAAAGAGGAAGGCGAGCUUGCUGGCGACAUCACGGACCCAUAUUCCGUUCCAAACGCCCCGCCCCCUCCGCCAGCAGCCCGCCGCGCAUCCUCCCUCCUCGUGAACUUGCCACCAACACCAGACACCACAGGGACCGCUGCACCACAGCCACCAUCACCGUUCGUGCCCAACCCGGGGGCGACCACCACUGCGGCCACAGCAGCAACCGCAACGCCACCAUCGACAACACCGCUUUCGUCCACGUCGAGUGCGCCGCCGCCGUUGCCAUCUCCCAUGUCCAAACCAUCGCUCGUUCUCGGACACGGCCACAGUGGCAACGAUGGUGGUGAUGGGGAUGGUGGUGAUGGGCAUGGUGAUGGGGAUGGUGGUGAUGUGUUCACCGGCAGCAGGCGUCCUGCCACCACGAGUGGUGCCUUUGAUUUCGAUGAUGAUGAUUACGAUGAUGAUGACGAUGGUGCGCGGUCAGAAGAGGACUGGGACGAUGAUGUUGACGACGAUGGUGCCGACACCAGCGGCGGUACGCACAUUACUACAUCCCAUGUUAAAGCAGUACACCAGCAACUCCACCAACACCAACAGCGGCAGCAUCCACCGAACAGUGCUUUGCCACCAAAACCAACACUUAAGCCCGAGCGGCCCCGCCCACCAGCCAGACCUCCGCGACCGGCACCCCCUGGUCGACCAAAGGCUCCUCUCCUGCCCCCAAAACCCGGAAAACCAUGACGCAAUCAAGGCGCCAAGGGAAAGAAGGCAAGCAAGGCAGUGUGCAAGCCUGAAUGCACGCACACACACACACGCAGCAAACACAAACGCAGCAAAUGCAACUCAAACCACACACUGUUAAUCGCACAGCAAAGACACACACACACACACACACAUGCACGUUGCGCAUCAGGUUCGCGCGUUCUAUGUUCAAGUGCCAGCUCAACAAGACCAUAAACAACACAAACGCUUAACGUGCACGUGCACUCGUGUGUUAAAAGCGGAUGAAUGCCCAUAAUUGGUGUGGUAACG